UCUUGCGUCAUUCGACCGCGCCCCAGCUUUCCGCGGCCACCCUGGGUGCUGGAGGCGGCGGCGGUGCUGGAGGUUGACCAGGGCGGGUUCCGCUCUGCGGUCCCCCAUGGAGGAGGCGGUGUGUACGGCUGAAGCCCCGGAUGCUCUCACUUCCCACUGGGCCUCGAGGAAGGCGGUGGCUAAGCGAGCGCUAAAGGGGGCGGCCUGUGCAGGAGUGUGAGCCACGGUGCCCAGGGACAGAUUGCCGAGGAGAAGCCGCGCGGCCGGCCUGCCGACUGGACUAAGGCUGGAGCUACUCUGCCAGGGUUUAAAAUUCUAAAUGCGAGUAAAGUUUCUGGCCAGAGCUGGGUUUGAACCUGCCACCUCCGGCAUACGGAGCCAGCACCCUACACCUUUGAGCCACAGAGUGGGAGCAGAGUGUCACCAGGUCUGAGAGGAGUGAAGCAACACAUUCCUUUUGGGACAUUCACACUGCUGCCCUAUUUUCAAACUAGACAGAGUCUCACUGUACCGCCCUCGGGUAGAGUGCCGUGGCGUCACACGGCUCACAGCAACCUCUAACUCUUGGGCUUACGCGAUUCUCUUGCCUCAGCCUCCCGAGCAGCUGGGACUACAGGCGCGCACCACAACGCCCGGCUAUUCUUCUGUUGCAGUUUGGCCGGGGCUGGGUCCGAACCCGCCACCCUCGGCAUAUGGGGCCGGCGCCCUACUCACUGAGCCACAGGCACCACCCCCUAAUGACUCUUAAGACUAAAACUAUUAAUCAUUAAGUCUAAAAGCUAUCACUGUUUUAUUCAGGGAGUUUGGCAUAAUGCCUAUUACUUAGGGCAUCACAUGUCCAGGAAGUGCUGUUUGAGUGGACGAAUAAGAUUUGAAGACUGCAUCAUCUUGCCACCAGUACCAGCAGUUUCUCUGUUCUGUGAUCAGUGUGAUUCACAGGCACUUCUUAAGUCACAAACGAAAUGAGCCCAGGGCGUGGAAAAUAUGACUUUUAUAUUGGCCUGGGGUUGGCUAUGAGCUCCAGCAUUUUCAUCGGAGGAAGUUUCAUUCUGAAAAAAAAAGGCCUUCUGCGACUUGCUAGAAAAGGCUCAAUGAGAGCAGGUCAAGGUGGCCAUGCAUAUCUUAAGGAAUGGUUGUGGUGGGCUGGACUGCUAUCAAUGGGAGCUGGUGAGGUGGCCAACUUCGCUGCAUACGCAUUUGCACCAGCCACGCUAGUGACUCCACUAGGAGCUCUCAGUGUCCUAGUAAGUGCCAUUCUCUCUUCAUACUUUCUGAGUGAAAGACUUAAUCUGCAUGGGAAAAUUGGGUGUUUGCUAAGUAUUCUGGGAUCCACAGUUAUGGUCAUUCAUGCUCCAAAAGAAGAGGAGAUUGAGACCUUAAAUGAAAUGUCUCAGAAACUAGGUGAUCCAGGUUUUGUGGUCUUUGCAACGCUUGUGGUCAUUGUAGCCUUGAUACUAAUCUUUGUGGUGGGUCCUCGGCAUGGACAGACAAACAUCCUCGUGUACAUAACAAUCUGUUCUGUGAUUGGAGCGUUUUCUGUGUCCUGUGUGAAGGGCCUGGGCAUCGCUAUCAAGGAGGUAUUUGCUGGGAAGCCAGUGCUGCGCCGUCCCCUGGCCUGGGUUCUGCUGGUUAGCCUUGUUGUCUGUGUGAGCACCCAGAUCAAUUACCUGAACAAGGCUCUGGACAUAUUCAACACAUCCAUCGUGACGCCAAUAUAUUAUGUAUUCUUCACAACAUCAGUUUUAACUUGUUCAGCUAUCCUUUUUAAGGAGUGGCAAGAUAUGCCUGCGGACGAUGUCAUUGGCACUCUGAGUGGCUUCUUUACAAUCAUCGUAGGGAUAUUCUUGCUGCAUGCCUUUAAAGACGUCAGCUUCAGUCUAGCAAGUCUGCCUGUGUCUUUUCGAAAAGACGAAAAAGCUGUGAAUGGCAAUCUCUGUAAUAUGUAUGAAGUUCUUAAUAAUGAAGAAAGCUUAACCUGUGGAAUCGAACACAAUGGUGAAAAUAUCUCCCGAAGAAAUGGAAAUCUGGCAUCUUUUUAAGAAAAAUGUCAAAGUAUAAUUCUGUUAUAAAGUGAAUUUAAAUAUCAGAAUGUGUCUGAAAAUGCAUUGUCCUUAAAUAAUGUUCUUUAAAGACAAUCUUUUUUAGGGUUUAACUCGUUGUACCAAGAAAUUACUUUUCUUCUAUUUUAAAUGAUGGUGGCCCACUGGAAUGGCCUCAGUACAUGACCAGUGUCUACUGACAUUGUAUUAUUGUAGAGUUGUUGUGCAUUUGAUUCUUUCUCCAAGAUGUAAAUGCACUAAUGGCAGUCUUAAUGUCUAUAAAAAAUGCUUUAUUUUUUAAUUGGUGAUGAAAGUCUGAAAUGUACAUUUGUCUUCUCUGCUCCACUAAUCCCUGACCAUAUAAAGUUACUGUUUUUUUAGGAAAGAACAGAAUCAUCCCAAUACAUUAUCCUAGGAUUUACUUUAUCUAUAAAACUGACUCCUGUUUGAUGAAUGAUUUUAAUUUUAAAAUGUUAGUUUAAGGGAAAACUAAGUUACUGGAUGAAGGAAACUCUUGCACAAAAAAAGAUAGGAAAUCAUCCCAAGGAAGUAUUUCUCAGGCCGUGACUUGUCACUACAAAUAUGGCUUCCUGUGUGCUUUCAGGUUCGUCCUCUAAUCCAUGGUGCUGGGAACUCUGAUUGAUAUUUGACAUUAGAUCUUGGACUUUUAACUAUAUUUUCAUAUAACUAUUUUCAUAUAACUAUGAAAAUAUAGUUAUGAGUUAUAUUGUUAUUUAGACUUAACUUGGGGAAGUAAAGUCAGAAGACAAGGGUUAUUAAAUUUAGCUCGUGUUAUAUUAAAAAGACAAGUUGAAGCAAUGUUCUUUCCCAAGUCUGAAUGCUUAGAACAAACUUCACGUUUGUAAAAUGGGCUCUUUGUACUGAGUAUUUUACUUUGCUUGAGAGUUUGUUUGGACCAUUAGAAAAUGCUUAUUAAAAAAUGUUCAUGGAAAAUUUCAGACAACAUAAGCAAAAGAGGUAGAAUAAAAAAGGUAUAA